AUGUUAUAAAUUUUAUCGCGUAUAUCAUGGAAGUUGAUGGUGACAUUCUUACUAAAGCAUUGACUUGUCGUACCAUUGAAGCAUCUCGCGGUGGACGUCGGGGCUCGGUAUAUGAUGUUCCUUUGAAUACUGUACAGGCACCAGCCGUACGUGAUGCUCUUGCAAAAGCAAUAUACAAUAAUUUAUUCGAGUGGAUUGUGGAUCGUAUCAAUUCUGCCCUAAGAUCCCGUACUACAGCAUCCCAUGUUAUAGGAGUAUUAGAUAUUUAUGGUUUUGAAAUCUUUGAAGAAAAUAGUUUUGAACAAUUAUGCAUUAAUUAUGUCAACGAAAAGCUUCAACAGAUUUUUAUUGAACUUACUUUAAAGACUGAACAAGAAGAGUAUGUUAAAGAAAAAAUUAAGUGGACUCCUAUUGAAUUUUUUGAUAAUAAAAUUGUAUGUGAUUUAAUUGAAGGGAAACGUCCACCUGGUAUAUUCGCAGCAUUGAAUGACGCUUGUGCUACAGCGCAUGCUGAUUCUGAGGCUGCUGAUAAUUCAUUUGUUCAACGAUUGGGUUUCCUAAGUUCAAAUCCACAUUUCGAGUCUAGAGAUCAACUAGUAAAAGACCUGUUGGAAUUGAUCGAGAGUAGUGGAAAUAAAUUUGUGAGACAAUUGUUUCCAAAUAAAGUUGAUCGUGAUAGUAAAAAGAGACCUCCUACUAUUGGGGACAAAAUUAAGUUAUCAGCCAACGCUUUAGUUACUAAUUUAAUGCAAGCUCGCCCCUCGUAUAUUCGAACUAUAAAACCAAAUCAAAAUAAAAGUCCAUCAGAAUAUGAUCAAAAAAUGGUACUACAUCAAAUAAAAUAUCUUGGGCUUAACGAAAAUAUUCGAGUAAGAAGAGCAGGAUUUGCAUAUCGGCAAACCUUUGAAAAGUUUUUAGAAAGAUUCUACUUAUUAUCGAAAAAAACAUCAUAUGCUGGUGAAUAUACUUGGAAAGGUGAAUCGAAAGCUGGUGCAGAACGAGUUUUAAAAGAUUGCGGAAUCGCUACUGAAGAAUGGCAAAUGGGUGUCAACAAAGUUUUUAUUAGACAUCCUGAAACGAUUUGGGCACUUGAACAUCUUAGAGACCGAUUUUGGCAUAACAUGGCAUUAAGAAUUCAACGUGCUUAUCGUAACUAUGUUCGUUAUAAAAAUGAAUGUGCCACGCGUAUACAACGAUGCUGGAAGAAGAAUAAGGAUCAAAUCAUAUAUGUUCAGCUACGUGAUUAUGGACAUCAAAUAUUAGAUGAAAGGAAAGAAAGACGAAGGUUUAGUCUGUUAAGCAUGAGAAAGUUUAUGGGAGAUUAUUUAUUUGUCAAUGUACCCGGAGGCAGUGGCGAGGCAUUGAGGAAUGCUUGUGACAUUG